UUACAAACGUUCAGUGACUAAGUGUUCAUUGUCAGUCAGCAGAGAUUGAGUACGCUGGGCCUAUCUGCUGGCACCACGGCACCUGCUGUCUCCUGUUUAAAGAAAUAAUUGUAUCUUGGCUUAAAGCAGUGAAAUCAUCUGAUUCUAUGCUGUUGUUGUUGGUUUUUUUUUCCCUUUAAAUAGGUUUUAAGUAUAAAUAGAGUUGAGAAAUGGGAUGUUUGGUAAUAGGUAUUUGCCAUGGUACAGAGGGAGAAGUACUGCCUUCCAUGUGAGGGCAGAAUGAGCGUCGUGGCUGUGAGAGCCUCACACUGCUCUCAUCUCAGUCUCCUACUGAGCUAGAAUUCUCCAUUUGUACUGAAAGCUCACGUUGGCAGCACAGUUUUGAGGAGGAAAAAAAAAAAAAAAAGUGAUCUAUUUGGAGGAAAACACAUCCAGAAUUGCUGCAUGUGGAGUAUUUAUUCACUUCAACUCACAAGACAACUAAUGUUAAGCAUAAAGCUGUGACCAAGGGGGGUCAUGAGAAAAGCAGUCCAGGAGGUGCUUCAAUUCAGCGGGAUUACCUGCCCAGCCAGCAGAGAGGCGGCCUUAUUGCAGCAGGGCUGGGUCCUGCCUGUGCAAUAGGUGUACCCACGGUGCACACACAGUACCCUACAGGACAGCACCAAGGACGUGGCCGUCACCUCCUGCAUCAGGCCCCGUGCUGCGGCUGCAGGGCUGCUUGUCCCCAGCAUGGCGGCUGCUGAGUGGUAACGGUGCCGUGCUGCUUGCUCAGCACUGCAACUUCCUUCCAGCUCUCUGUUAGGGGAAGUGAAACCACCGAGACGUAUUUCUGCAUUCUGAGGUGCCAGAGUAAAAUGGAGCGCUUGGGGCAGAGGAGAAAGGCGGCUGAGAAGAGUGGCUGUGGCGGAGAGCAGCAAAAAGGCACGUCCACUCCGUGAUCACUGCUGGCAGCGUUGCGAAGUGCGUGGUAAAGCAUGCGCCGCAUUUAGCAGAGUAAAUAAGCCCUCCAGUGGGCUGCUUUUCCUGCUGUCCGCAUUGACGAUUGCAAUUCCAUUUGCUGAACAAUGGCCACAGAUGUCUUCAACUCGAAAAGCUUGGCCAUUCAGGCCCAGAAGAAGAUCCUUGGAAAAAUGGUGUCCAAGUCAAUAGCAACCACUUUGAUAGAUGACACCAGCAGCGAUGUUCUAGAUGAGCUCUACAGAGUGACCAAGGAAUACACACAAAACAAAAAAGAAGCGGAGAAGAUCAUUAAAAACCUCAUUAAAAUAGUCCUCAAGUUGGCGAUUCUCUACAGGAACAAUCAGUUUAAUCAAGAUGAAAUUGCACUGAUGGAGAAAUUCAAGAAGAAAGUUCAUCAGCUGGCGAAGACCGUGGUCAGUUUCCAUCAGGUGGAUUAUACCUUUGACAGGAAUUUUUUGUCCAAACUGUUGAAUGACUGUCGAGAGCUGCUUCACCAGAUCAUUCAGCGUCACCUGACUGCGAAAUCGCAUGGACGUGUCAACAACGUGUUCGAUCACUUCUCUGAUUGUGAAUUUUUGGCUGCCUUGUAUAAUCCCUUUGGACCUUAUAAACUUCAUUUGCAGAAACUCUGUGAUGGUGUCAACAGAAUGCUAGAUGAGGGGAACAUAUAAGCACCUGUGCUAAAGUUGGCUGCCUGUGCAUUAUUUGUAGAUGGAACACUGUUGAUUUAUGAAGGAAUAAGGGAGCAUGAAAAUGGGGAUUCUUUUUUUAUAUUGUGACAGAUAUGUCAGAAUGAUCUUUAUUAAACUGAUGACUUGUUAUGAGCUCUCUAUUGCUAUUUGCAGUCCAUCUGGAAGAAAGAUGGCUCAUUACCUUCUUUUACUGUGCUUUGCCCAUGGGAACAGCUGGAUAAAGACAAUAGGAUAGAAAGGUCCAAGUAGAGUAAAAGUCUUGCAAGAUAGAUACAGAAAACAAAAUAACUUGCUGUCAGACAACCCAAAUACUUACAAAAAUAUUUCUGAACUAUCAGAGUCCAGUAAUGUUGAUAACAUGGUGUCAUGGUACACCCUAUAAUUUCUUCAACUUAUUUGUAACAUAUAUAUCCGAUUCAUUCCUAUUCUUUUAUGCUGUCUGCACAGAUCACAGCUUCCUAGUUUGCCCUUGCAAAGCAUUCAGUUUUGCAUAAAACCAGUGAUGCUGUCACAGCGUCUGAACUGGUUGGUGCAUCUCCUGCUCAGUAUGAAAGGCCAUCAGGUGAUCCUUGUGGAUUUACAUGGAUGCUUUGUUUCCUUUGAUUGUUUCAGGGACGAUAAGCUACGGUAAAAUUGCCUGAGUGGGAGAAAGUACUCCCUAGACAAAACCUGCAGUACGUGAUGUUAACUGUGCAUAUGAAAUUGUAAGGUAAAACACAGUGGCUGACUUGUACAAUUCCUUAAGACUGUUAGAAUCCUGCUAAUAUGGCAUAAUUCUUUUAGCAAAGGUGCAGGUCAGCUUAUUUUACUCAUUAAGCUUAUGUAAAUUCAGAAAGCUUAAUGAUCUGAAAGAUAAAUUCCAAGCCAGUUUGCUUUGUUUACAGUGUAUCUAGAAACAAAUUAUUUGGGGGUUACAUGCUCUUUGACUGCUGGAGAAGUGACAUCUUGAAUCAAUUUCUGUUCUCAUCUCCCCUCCUGCCUUUCAUCCUUCCUCUUCUUCCCUCAUCUUCUCCCUGCCUUGCCCUCGGGGUAAAUAAAUGUGACUUUCUGGACACUGUAAUGUACUUAAGAGAAUGAAGUUAAUACAUUUCAAACGCCUGAAGACUUUUGUUAGGAAGCAUAUAAAGAAUUUGCAGUUUAUUUAAUUGCCAGUUUUUUGCUGUUUGCUGUGUCUUUUUGUUUUAAUGAGUAAACCAAAGAAUAUUUGCACUCCGAA